AUAACAGGUCGUGUUGUUACUUGAAAGAAUUGGGGUUCCCAUCCCCCAAUAUGGCGGUCGUUAUCUGACGUCAAGUGAAUUGUUCCAUGAGCCUUAUACCUUUUUCGUCAUUCCUCUACUGAUUUGCGACCGUCUUUACAUUCCAAAUAAUAUAUGUGUCUGAUUUCAUUACCAGGUGCUCUUGGCUUGUGGUUUGCUACCAUUUAUUGUCAUGGGGUCCACAGCAGAAUUACGCCUACGAUGGAGCAGCUAUGAAUCAACCUUGUUAUUGUCCGUCUGUGACAUGUGGGAUGCUGGGGCUUUGACUGAUGUGACACUAUUUGCAGAAGGAAGAACCAUUAAAGCUCACAAAGUGGUUCUAUCUUCUUGUAGCGGUUACUUCAAAGAAGUACUUCAAAAUGUGACUUCUGCUCAACACCCAAUCAUAGUGCUUCCUUAUGCCUGCUACCAAGAUCUCUUGGCUGUAAUUAGCUUCAUGUACAAGGGCGAGAUCAACAUUACCCAGCUAGAACUUUCCGGGUUGCUGAACUGUGCAGAGUCUCUACAAGUCAAGGGUCUGGCUAAAAUAAACCCCCUAAAAGCAUCAGGUUUACUUCAAGAAGUGUGUCAACAAAACAGUUGUGAUGAUGCAGCAAAUCGUGGCUCAUUGGGAGCCAACAGUAGGCCUAUCAAAAUGGAAACCCACCACUUUUGGAAAAAGAAUGACUUUCUUUCCCAUGGUGAAGAUGAAGAAGCUGUAGAAAUUACAGAAGUUUCUGAAGACAGAGAAGAAAAUUUAGUAGUUGAUGAAGAUUCUCCGGAAAAUUUACUUGAAGAAGUCGAAGUAGAAAGCGAUUGCCACGAAUCAGAUGAAGGAGUAGGUGGAAACGAAUCCAACCACAGCGGCAGUGAACGAAGCGAAGGGAAACUGUACUUUCUAACCUCGUUGGGGCAACAUGAGGAACUGAAAGAUGAGGAUUUAAGUAAAUCCAGCGACACUGCUAAACAGAUAAAGAACCGAAGACGGAAGCGCGGAGAUCUUAUUCGGGCACUAAGUGCAGCAUGGAAUUGUGGCAGAGGCGGAAUGAAAGAAUGCGCUAGUAAUGGACAGCGUUCCGCUAUUCGCAAAACCUUGCUACCGGUUUCUUGUCCUGUUUGCUUCAAAGUUUUAUCCAAUGCCUACAAUUUAAAGGUCCAUAUGAGCAUUCAUGAUGGAUUGAAACACCAGUGUUCGAUUUGCGGGCACACAUCUAAAUCGCGCGAUGCUCUCAGGAAACACCUUGCGUAUCGUCAUCUCAUCGGUAUGAGUGGACCCGUUCGACCUCGAAUGCCGGCCAGUAAACGCCGAAAGAAUGACGGUACAGACGGCAUGUUGGAUACUUCAUCGCGAUCGGCAGAGGGCGAAGAUCAAAUUCCCAUGUCGUCCAAUCACUCUUAUUCGGACCCAGAUAAUGACCUUUUGACACAUAGUGGAGGUGAAGACGUUGAUCAGAACGAGAACUCGGCAGUUGCGAAUGACACUUGGUGAGACAGAAUUUAUUUUUUAUCUCUUAUAAAACCAAGCCACAUAUCUUCUCAGAGCAUAGCGUAUUAAAAGAGAAAAACUGCGCUCACGGUUCCGUCAUGACGGAGCGUUAGUAGAAUCAUUUCCUUGUCAUUAACUGUAAUAGUCCUAACCCAUUUUUAUUAUUGAAUGAAUAUUUGAUGUGUGUGUUAUAAGAAAUCCCGAAUUUAUUUCAAGCCAUUCCUUCGUUCAGGUGUCAAAAAUUCGAUUUGAUCAAUUACCCAUUAAUUGAAAAGAAAAACUAAGUUGUGUUCGUCCUACCAGUUUUGACUGGCAGCGUGAUGCCCAUCAUUCAAGUCUAACUUGAAAGAUGCAUUCCCCCGUGAUCAUUUAUUCCCUCUUUUAAACUAAGUUAAAUAUAACCAAUGUUAGAUGUGUUCGUUUUUCAAGUCCUCAAGGCAAUCAUUCCAAACCUGAAGCUAGUUAGCCUAAUCUUAUGAAUGUGUUAUGUUGUUAGUUGUUGUUAACCUGACCGCUGUGAAACCCUUGUGGUUGUGUAAAAUUUUCUUUUCUCUAAUUAUGUUUUGAACCUCAAAAGUUAAUUACAAACAUAAUCGAAUUGAUCAAA